AUGAGUUCAGUCACGAUGUCGGCGUUCACGUGUAAUGUGCUUUUGAGGUAGAUAAUCGAACUAUUCAAAUAUCACCAAUAAGUAUCCGGUCCAAAACCGGAUCGCGUGAAAACUGCUAAUUUUUUUACAUCGCGUAUUGGUUUUUAUUUUUAGUUUGGUGGCCGCGACGUUUGCUUACGUUAACUACAACGGCAUAUCGAUCCGGCAAGUGGCUGACGACGUGAUGGUACACGGCGAGGGACCGUUUUGGGAUUCCGAAAAUAACGUUUUGUAUUUCGUGGACAUCGCUCAACGCCGGGUCUAUAGGCUUGUCCAAAAAAGUCUGGAAUACGUGCAACUAAGUAACGAAUUACCGACGAAUUAUUUUUUAUCUCUUUCGAUUUAACUUCAUUGACGAGUUUCCGGGUUUUUAGACGGAGAAGUCGGGUUCGUGAUUCCGGUGGCAGGCCGACAGGGACUGUUCGUAGUCGGGAUCGGCACCGAGCUGUCCGGUCUCCGGUGGAAUCUCAACGAGACCACUUGCAAUGUCAUCGGAUUGGCCACCGUUGACGCCGAGAAAACCGGUAAUCGAUGGAACGACGCCAAAGCUGAUAACGACGGUCACCUGUGGGCCGGUAAGUAUCAACUAAUAUUAUAAUCACAUUUACACGCAUUUGGCAAUUAAGUAAUUUGUGAAAGUGCCAGCGGCUUCCUGGGGAAUGGAGUUUUCCUACUGUUUAUUUAUUUGUUAUUUUUUUUUAGCGUUCCCUCUACUAAUCAUUUCUAUUGGGACGAUAUAUCUCACUUUGCGAAUAACGAUAUUUAAAAAACAUGAAUUAUUAUUAAUUCGGAAAAUUUUAUUUUAUUUCUUGUAUUUAUUAUUCAGUAAUACAGAUUCGUAUCAAUUUACCAUUAUUAUUUUUUCUGUAUUGCAUUUUUACUUUAGCAGUUUAAGCGUUGCUACCUAAUAAAAUGUAUGCACCUUUAAGAAAUAUUGAAAAUGUUAGUCCAUCCACGGGUUAGAUUUAGUUUAAUUAUUGCAAGGGACGUUUAUUUUCGUUUAAUUCGCAUAGUCCCUCUUUUAUUCUUUCGAUUUGACCGCUGGUGUAUAUAUGGUGGGAGGAUGCCGAGGGUCAAAUACAGACCCUCGAUUUUCUCAAUCCCUCUUUUACGAAAGUUAUGUACAUGUACGCUACUGAUAAGUGUAAAAAAUAAAACCGCUGUCGCGAUUUUCCCGCAGGAACGAUGGGAUUCGAGGACGCUUCCGGGUACAUCCCGCUCGGCAGUGGGACUUUAUACAAGCUAAACGACACCACGUGUUUCCAAAACCUGGAACCCGCUCUACCCAACGUCACAGUUUCCAACGGGAUGGCCUGGAACAAUGACAGCACCCGGAUGUACUACACGGAUUCGCCGACCCGGCAAAUAUCCGUGUUCGACUACAAUUCCACCGUUGCUUCUAUUUGUGCGUAUGCCGUUUGUCAUCAUCAUUAUAAUUUAUAAUAUAUACGUUUUUUUUUUUUUUUUAUUAUGCGUUUAUGUAUUCCGUAGCGAACCGAAGAGUGUUUUACGAUUUCAAGACGGAUAACAUACCGGGUGUUCCGGACGGCAUGACAAUAGACACCGACGGAAAUUUGUGGAUCGCCAAUUACAACGGCGGUCAGGUAUGUACACGAGUUUAAUUGUAUACAUAUAUAUCAGCUAGGUGGCGGCCAUCGUUUGCGCAUUGUCUGUUUACCUGUGCCAAAAUAACGUACAUAAUUUGCGCGUCAAUAUGUCGAACAAUGAGUGAAAAAAAAAAUAAAAAAUAAUAAUAAUAAUAGUACAAAAUAUUAAAAAAGUUACACAACAUUUUUUAAAUCUAAUAAUGAAUUAAUCUACAAAAAUGAUUUUUAAUAACUGAAGGUCAAAACUAAAACUUGAACGCUGUGUUUUAAUACGUCUGCGUAUUUAAUGCGCUUGCGGACAUUCGAGCGGUCACAAUGUACACGCGAACGACCUAUCAGGAGCGUUUAGAGUAGGCCCUGUUCGUAGAGUGGGGGAGAAAAAAUAGCAGCUUACUCGUAACAUAAUAAGAUUAUGAAUUGCGCGUUGUAUUUGUUUGAAUGCACAGAUUGAAACUUGUUUGUUCAUGUAAUUUCUCCAGAACAACUUCCCCAGUAAUAAUAGUUUGUAAAUUCUGUAAUAAACAUUUUCUACCUGCACUCUUUUCAAUAGACAUCAAAUAUUUAGUUAACAUUUGUAUUUUAUUGUAAACACUCAUGCUUUUUUCUAUAAUCCAGAGGAAUUACAAAAUCAUACUAUUCUUAGACAUUAGAUAUUACACGCGUUUCAUCUUUAUUUUUCUAGUCAGAGAAUAUAAUUGUUUUAUUUGAAUGCCAUUUAUAAAUUGAAUCACAAUAGAAAACAAUUCAUAAAUAUGUUAUACAAAUAAGCUAAAAUCAGUGUGAAAAUGUAAAAUAUAGGUAGAAAAACUCGGGGAAGCGUCGAUUACGGUAUCUAUAAAUUAUUACCUACUGCUCAUACCUAAUAUCUAUAUAAUAGUUGUCCGAUAUAUUUGAAACGGAAACGUGUAUUGUGUAAAAAUUGGAAAACAGGUGUUGCACGUGAGCGGUACCACCGGGAAGUUGUUGGGCAAGUUGAAAAUCGCCGCAAAAAAAGUGUCGUCGGUCACGUUCGGUGGGCCCAAGUUGAACAAGCUGUACGUGACGACCAUCAGCCGAGGAGUGACCGCGGAAAAAUUCAAAAAAUAUCCAAUGACCGGAAAAGUAUUGGAAGUGUCUGGUCUCGGUGUCAGAGGUAUGCCGAACCGUCGAGUUCGGAACAAAUGUUUUUUGACUAUCUAAGUCAAUAAGUUAUCAGAAAAAUUAGUGUUUUUUCUCUUAUAAACUGGGUAAAAAUCUUGUUUAACAUUUAAACUGUAAUAAAAUCGUAUUUGUUUGUUUAGAAU